UUUUCGACAGCAUGAAGAGAAAUGGUAUUAGUGGUCAAGAAGGCAUGAAGACAUCAUUGUAACUCCUCAGGGAUUCCACUGGACACAACUCCUGAAAGUACAAAAAAGAGAUACAAAAAGGCCAAGCUGGAUGUUGAAUCACAGUAUGAGGAUUUGGUCCCCUUGAGUCCGAGUAUAUAAGAUGAUGAAAUCUUGAAAACCUUAUGUUACCAUGGUGGCGCGCUUUCUUUUGUCAAUGCGAGCAAGUUCAUAUUUCUUGUUUGUGGUUUUUGAUCAUCUGCAGAAGAGCCCUCUGGAGUUGGUUUGUGGCUAUGCAAAAGUGGGUUGAUCCUUUGAUGCGGAAUUCAUCAUUUCCCGCUGAUUUUGUAAUGCAGAUGGUGUCAUUAAACUGUGAAGAUAUUUUGAUAAUCUUUUCCCCCCUGUUCAUGCUUGAAAGGUCAUUUGUCGAUUAAAUACAGCCCAUACAUCAUUAUGAUUACGC